AUGACUGAUCUGGUGACGGACCGGCCGGCCGCACCCGUGCCGGAGGGCGUGGCCUCCCGGCUGCUGCAGGAGGCCGCGGCCGCCCUCAGUCAGGGUGUGAAGGCCUUCAAGGCCGAUGGCGCCGGCCAGGCGGCCAGCCAAUGGAGCUGGACACAGACGGUGCUGACCUCGGGCACCGUGUCGGACAAGCUGGCGGCGCGGCAGGCGCUGCUGCGCGCUCGGCCCCAGUUCGGCCUCCACCUCAUCGACGACACGGUCCGCAUGGUGGCCGCCAAGGGCAAGGGCCACGCCAUGCAGGCUAUGAACAUGCUGGCGGACCUGUUCGGGCAAUACCUGCUACCUCCGAAUCGGAAGCUAAAGUUGUUUGCCCAGCAGCCGCUAGGGGCGCUGCAGGACAUCGCCGGCGGCGAUCCCGCCGUUCGCAGGCGUCAGCUGAUUUUCUGGCUCUUCGAGGAGCGCCUGAAGGCCGCCUACAAGGAGUUUGUGGGCCGGGUGCGCGAGAUGGCGCACGACACGGUCGAGAAGUCGCGCAAGCACGGCGUCAACACGCUGGCGCAGCUACUGGUGGCGCACCCCGAGCUAGAGCAGACGCUGCUGGAGACGCUGGCCAAUAAGCUGGGCGACGAGAAGAAGUCGGUGGCGUGCCUGGCGGUGCGUCGGCUGAGCUCGCUGCUACGUGCCCACCCGGCCAUGCGCACCGUGGUCGUCAAGGAGGUGGAGCGGCUGCUGUUCAGGCAGAACGUGGGAAAGCGGGUGCAGUUCUACGGCAUCUGUUUCCUCUCGCAAGUGCAGUUCUCGGACGAGGGCGACGAGGCGCUGGCGCAGCGGAUCGUCCGCAUCUACGUCGGUUUCUUCCGCGCCUGCGUCAAGCAGGCGGAGCUGGACGCGCGUCUGAUGCGCGCCCUGCUGACGGGCCUCUCGGACUGCGUGGGCCGGGCGCGCCUGCUGGCCACCGAGCUGCAGCAGUACAUGCAGCCGCUACACCACAUCGCGCAGCUGGCCAACUUCGGCGUGGCCACGCAGGCGCUGCUGCUCAUGUUCCGGCUGACGACAGCCGGCGGCCAGACAGAGCCCACCGACCGUUACUACUGCGCGCUCUACAAGAAGCUGGUCCACCCGGGUCUGGCCACAUCGCAGAAGCUGGCCGACUUCCUGAACCUGGUGUACCGCUCGGUCCGGAUGGACUCGUGCCAGCCGCGAGCGCGUGCCUUCAUCAAGCGCCUGCUUCAGGGCUGCCUGCACCAGACGGCGGCGUUGGCCUGCAGCGUGCUGCUGCUCGUCUCCGAGCUGUUCCGGCGGCGGCCCGAGCUGGCGCACGUGGCCGGCCAGGCGACGGCCGCCGCCUGGACGGCCGACGACCACAGUGACGGCGAGGAGGCCCGGCGUCGGUACGCGCCGCUGUACCGCGAGCCGCGCUGGUGCCGCGCCGAGCUGGCGGCGCUGCACGAGCUGGCGCCGCUGGCGCGCCACUUGCACCCUACGCUGGCGCUGUUCGCCGGCCAGCUGAUUGCCGGGCGGCAGGCCCAGUAUUCGGGCAACCCGCUGCACGACUUCCAGCUGAUGCACUUCCUCAACAGGUUCUGCUACCGCAACCCGAAGAAGUCUGCCUCGGUGGCGGAGACGGCGCGUCGGCUGCCUGUCAGCUCUGCCGAGUACGCCCGGCUGGCACCCAGCCAGGUGCCGCACGACGAGAAGUUCUUCCACCGGUACUUCCAGUGGCGCGAUGAGCACGGUCUGACGGCGAGCGCCGCCGGCCGGCCGCUGACCGACGCCAGCGGUGACGUCACAGACGAAGCCUUCGACGACUUCCUGGACGGCUUCUUCGAGAAGAAGAGGAAGGCCGGCGACGGCGUCGACUUCCUGACAGAGAUCGCGCACGGCGCGAGGAGGCACUGGAGGAGGAUGAUGUCGACGGCGGUGACGACCUGAGCCAGACAGACAGACUGCUGGAGGAUGAGGAUGAUGAGGAAAAGGACAGUUUGGGAGACGACUCAGACGACGAUCCCGAGUUUCCAAUGAUGACCUCCGGAUCGCGUCCGGUGACCACCAGCAACACGCAGUCCAAG